AUGUACCGCGAGCACGAGAGCGUCUGGCAGCUCAUGGAGGAGGCCCAAGCGGACCGCAUGAUCAUCAUUUUCCGGAGCAACUCGCACGCUCGCAACCUCGCAAUCGACAACGAGCAGGCGAAGAAAGACUUCUCGCCCAUCCUCCCCUCCUUUCUCCCGCUCAACGGGAACCUCCCCAUCCCCAUCUACUCGCCCCCAGAGAGCCAAUACAAGUCGUCGACCCUCGCUUCGGGCUCGCUCGCUUCGGGCGAUUCCUACACCGUCGAGGACGUCAUGACCAGCGAUCGCGCGGGAUCGCGCCGCCUGCUUUUCACCAGCAACGCGCGCGCCAUCCAAUCCCAGAUGGGAUUCCACAUCUCCGGAGAGAAAAAGAAGCGGAAGGUCUUCGAGCCGCGCACACUCUUCUUCUCCAUCCAUCAGUUCAUGGCGGCCGCCUUGCUCCUCGCUCCUCCGCGCUCGGCUUCGCCUCGAAUCCUCGUUCUGGGACUCGGCGGCGGCUGUUUGCCGUCGUUUCUUCACGCUUCCAUCCCGCGUGCCGCGAUUACCGCGGUCGAGAUCGACGAAACGGUCGCGGAGAUCGCGCGGAAGUACUUCAAGCUCCCCGAGGAUGUAGAGGUCGUGGUGGAGGACGCGCUGCAGUUUGUGGAGAAGCAGCAAGCCGCGGGGAAGACGUACGAUGUGGUGAUUGUGGAUAUCGAUACGAAAGACCUCAAGGCGACGUCGAGCUUCCCGCCGGUGGCGUUUUUGACGAAGAAGUUUUUGGAGCAGUUGAAGAGCAUGGUCGGUGAUGGGCUUGUGGUCUACAAUAUCUGCUCGAGAAAGAAGGAGUACUAUGCUGUGUACAAGAGACAGUUUAUGAACGUGUUUAAGAACGUACUUACGUUUGAGACGGAGGACUUAAAUCAAAUGUUUGCAGCUUCUGAAGGAGAGUUGAGAACGACGCGGACCGAAGACAAGGCCUGGGCGAAUUAUUUGGAGGGAUUUCAGUUUCCAGAGGUGAAAUGA